GACUUGUUUAUUUAUUUAUUUAUGUUUGAAGCAAUGGAAAGGCGGGCUUGAAAGUUAAAAGCCGGAAGUUUAGUUUCUAGGGUAGGAGGAAGAGCAGUGAGAAUUGUUGGGCUAGCUCUCUAUAGUUUUACGUUGUGUGUUAAUUAAUGUUGCAUUUUUGCUGGUGGAAGGUUGAGAGCGAUGUUGAGAGCUAUGGUAUGAUGCACAAACUAUCUCCUGAUUGUCCCUGAUUUUGACUCAAGUUUUCGCACUGCUUCUCCUAAUUCUUCCUAAAACUGAUGACUUUGGGAGAAAAGUUUUGCUGACAAUGACACUGUUGAUCAGUGAAAAUGUAAAACUUGCCCGCGAGUAUGCCUUACUAGGAAACUACGACUCUGCUAUGGUUUAUUACCAAGGAGUACUUGAUCAGAUGAACAAGUAUGUUUGCUCCGUCAAGGACCCAGUUUUGCAGCAGAAAUGGCAACAGGUUUGGCAGGAAAUAAGCUUGGAAGCUAAGUAUGUCAAGGAUAUCAUGGCAACCUUAGAAGGCUUUAAACUUGACAGCACUCCUUCAAAAGUUGUACAUCAAGAUACGCCAGCACAAGAUGCUGAGAUCUGGUCUUUGCCAAUACCCGUUGAACGAAGACCUUCUCCAGGUGCCAGGAAGCGGCAGUCUGCUCAAAACAAUGAUGGUAAAUCUCGCUUAAAUGUUGCACCUAAAGGUCCUCAUAGAGUAUCUCCACGAAAUACCAGCAAUGAGAAAGUUAGAUUGCCUAGAAGUCGUGAUAAAAAAGAUCCACAAAAGAAAGCCAAAGAAGAAAAGAAUAAGCCUGGUGCUGAAAGUUUUGAGCCUGAACCAAAGAAAUUUGAUGGUACUGGAUAUGACAAAGACCUUGUUGAAGCUUUGGAAAGAGAUAUAAUUUCCCAGAACCCAAAUAUUAGAUGGGAUGACAUAGCAGACCUUGAAGAAGCAAAGAAAUUGUUAAAAGAAGCUGUAGUUUUGCCUAUGUGGAUGCCAGACUUCUUCAAAGGGAUUCGGCGACCGUGGAAAGGAGUUUUAAUGGUUGGCCCACCAGGCACUGGAAAAACAUUACUUGCUAAAGCUGUGGCAACUGAAUGCAAAACAACAUUUUUCAAUGUUUCUUCAUCUACACUUACCUCAAAGUACAGAGGGGAGUCAGAGAAAUUAGUAAGAUUGCUGUUUGAAAUGGCACGAUUCUAUGCUCCAACAACCAUAUUUAUUGAUGAAAUAGACUCUAUAUGCAGUCGCAGAGGGACAUCUGAAGAACAUGAGGCCAGCAGAAGAGUAAAGGCAGAACUUUUGGUUCAGAUGGAUGGUGUAGGAGGUUCAGUGGAGGCGGAUGACCCUUCCAAGAUGGUUAUGGUUCUGGCAGCUACCAAUUUUCCGUGGGAUAUUGAUGAAGCUCUUAGAAGGCGUCUUGAAAAAAGGAUCUACAUUCCCUUACCAUCAGGCCAGGGUAGAGAAGAUCUGUUACGAAUAAAUCUGAGAGAGCUAGAGCUGGCGGAUGAUGUUGACCUUGCAAAGAUAGCCAAGAAGAUGGAGGGUUACUCUGGUGCAGAUAUCACUAAUGUAUGCAGAGAUGCAUCAUUAAUGGCCAUGCGAAGACGCAUUGAGGGUUUGACUCCAGAAGAAAUAAGAAACCUCUCCAAAGAUGACAUGCACAUGCCCACAAGUAUGGAAGACUUUGAAAUGGCUUUAAAGAAAGUUUCCAAGUCUGUAUCUGCUGCAGACAUUGAAAAGUAUGAGAAGUGGAUUCAUGAAUUUGGAUCUUGCUAAUGUUUACCAAGGACAUCCCUGAUGUGAUGUUAUAUCUGUGCCUUCAUAUCUGUCUACAGUCAAAUUGAGAUCUGCCUUAAAGUCUUAAAUUUAUAUCACUCAGGACUGAUUAAUUGUGGUGGUUUUUAUGCACUAUUUUUGUAGCAUUUAUAAUGAAUGAUUAGUAAAAAUAAAACAAAUUUGACAUCUUUCA